AUCGCUGCGGGCUUCAGCAAAUUGCGCCCGCCAAGUUGAGGUAAAUGCGCGGUGAGCCGCUGACGACGAGCGCAACUCAGGAAGAGCUCAAUGGACUUGACCGGCAUUGUGCUGCACACAUCUUUCUGGUUAACUCACUAGACAGCAUUGCGACUGUAGCAGCUGCCAGAGACUUUAGUGCACUGUCAAGGGAGCUAACAUGACCGAUAGACAAGGCUUCGGACCAACUCUUCGGACCAACUCAUCCGACGUGGAGACAGCAGCAUGCAUUGUCCAGCUCAUCAAGGUACCUGAAAGAGACUUGAAAGUCAACAAACGAUGUUGGAACGAACGCGCCGAAGUGCAUCCCGCGCACAAUCAGCAUGUGCAGCUGCCGUCGCGAAGUUUGAAGCAGGAGCAGCUUCCCGAUCUGCCGUGUCACCUUCCUCAUGCUCGUACCCUGAUAUCGAAGUCGAAGUCAUUCUCGACGACGCUCAAACAGUUGCGCUUCAAAGAGGUGGACCAGAAGAAGAGCUCUACCAGGAAGAGCUCACUCAACAACACCGAGAGUCAUGGCUUCUGCCUGCCCAGCUCCUUAAAUUACGCUACUCGAGUGAGUUGCAACCAUGCGAGCAGAGCUAUGCGCUCGACCGAAUCAAGAGUCAAGCGAUAUGCAACAUCUCGCGUCUAGAACAUUGCAACAUACUACUUCAGGAUACACUUCAUGUCACGUCAGCGCUGGUGCACGAAGAAAGAGACAUAGACGAAGAGACACAAGGGGAGUAAAAUAGUUGUAUGUGCAAAAUAUGCAGUAGCGUGGA